ACACACUCACAUCUGAACGCGGCGAAAGAGGAGAACGUCAGAUGAGGGGUGUCCAACUCACAAAAUGACACGUGUCACCAUGCAGAACCAGGAAGCCAAGACUUUUUUCCAGCAUUCAAUGACGCCAAAUCGCCGCCGCGUACACCCCUGAAAGCUUCCCACCACUUGUCACAUCUUCAACCGUCCAUUUCAUUCCCUCUCCUGUCUCGUGACACCCUUACCACGCCAUCCUUUGUAAUAAAUCAGAGGAGCUACAUAACAACAAACAGUACAAUUUUUUCCUUUUUCCCCUUUUAUAUAUGUUAAAUCCUAAUUAUAUUAGUAUUAUUAUUAUUAUUACCCAGAACUCAUACGAAGAACAAAUUCAUACAAAGAAGACGAGGAGCAGCCUUAAUUCAGUCGAUAUUCCUUUUGUUAGUUUUUCUCUACGGGGAAUAAAGGGAAGGGAAAGAAGAAGAUAUUGGGAUUGAAGGUGUAUUUUUUUUUUUUUUAAUUUAAAAAAUGGCGAGGGUCGCCGACGCAUCGGCUUCGAUAAUGUUGACAUCGGGCGCUAGCGGCCUGAUAAGCGCCGUGCUGUCGGUAAGGGCGUUGAGGAGUUUGGUGGUGCUGGUGAGGGCGUUGGUGCUUUUACUGUUGGUGCCGUUCCGAGGGAGGCGAGGAUCAGUGGACAGGCCCAAGGAUGACAAGCAUGAGGUUACGCAUGCUUCUAUUCGGAAGGUUCCAGUGGUGAGGGUUCCCGCGACGGUUCCGUGGAGGUGCGGUGCGGCGGUGGCGGUGGACCAGGAUGUGGCGGCGAGGAGAGCCCUGGCGAUUGGUAGGGUGGUUCAGGAAGGUGGCGGUGGUGAGAAGUCAGUCAGGGAGUUUUCGCUGUUGACAACUUUGAGGGGCGACACUUUAUUCACGCAGUCGUGGACGCCGCUCAGGGUCAAGCUUAGGGGACUGAUUGUUCUUAUGCAUGGCCUGAAUGAACACAGUGGCAGAUACAGUGAUCUUGGAGAGCAGUUGAAUGCUAAUGGAUACAAGGUCUUUGGAAUGGAUUGGAUUGGACAUGGUGGAAGCGACGGGCUGCAUGCAUAUGUCCCUUCUCUUGAUUAUGCUGUUACUGACCUGCAAACAUUUCUCCAGAAGGUUUUGGCUGAAAAUCCAGGGCUUCCAUGCUUCUGCUUUGGGCAUUCAACAGGCGCUGCCAUUAUCCUAAAGGCAAUACUGGACCCAAAGAUUGAAGGCUGCAUAGAAGGCGUAGUGCUGACUUCACCUGCAGUUGGAGUAAAGCCCCCUCAUCCAAUUUUUACUGUACUGGCCCCAGUUGUCUCCUUUUUUAUUCCAAGAUUCCAAUGUCGUGCUGCAAAUAAGCAGGGCAUAUCUGUCUCUCGGGAUCCAGCAGCACUGCUUGCUAAGUAUUCUGAUCCACUAGUGUACACAGGAUCCAUCAGGGUUAAGACUGGUUAUGAAAUUCUUCGAAUCUCAACCUACUUGCAGCAGAAUCUGAGCAGAUUGAGAGUUCCCUUUCUUGUUCUUCAUGGUGCUGCGGAUAACGUAACCGACCCAGAAGCUUCUAAAACACUACACGAAGAAGCCGCCUCAACUGACAAAACAUUCAAGUUGUAUGAAGGGUUAUUACAUGAUCUCCUCUUCGAACCAGAACGUGAAGCUAUUAUGAAGGACAUAAUUGAGUGGCUGAAUUGUAGAGUAGACGGUUAGGUAGUGUUAAGGGAGAAAAACUUCAUUGUCCUCUCUAACUACAUAAACAAAAAAUUAGACAAAAAAUUGCUAUUUUAAAUUAGCCUGAAUCUUUCCACUGAAGUAAAUGCCACUAAAAUAAAAUAAAAAUGCUAUUUGGGUUUCCCUUAAUUGGGAAAACAUUA